AUCACGGGGUUUUCUGCCGGUAGGAGGGCGGGGGGACUGUGCCCCAACAAGGGACGGCGGCAAUGACUGCAGAUUGGGGGAGGGGGCGCUUCUGAGGCCAGAAAUGCCGCUCAACUUCCGACAGAUCGCGGGACCCGCCCCGACGACAGAGCAAUAUCGCCCAAAUGCCAGUGGCGCCGAGGUGGAGAAGCUGCGGCGUAGACGCAGAUUUGCAACCUCCGGCUUUCCAGCGUUGCCAGCUACCGGGGGCGGCUUCUUUGCCGCCCCACGUUUUCGCGAUCGGGGUCGCGCGUGGAGAUGCAGACCCCCGCCCGUCACCACACCCAUUCCCACACUCUCUCUAAGGGGCGGGGGCGGCCGCGGCGACACCCCUGGACUCCUCCGAUGACCCUUCCGUGCGCAGAAUCACAACGUGGACGUCUGCUUCCCUCGCCCUCACAAAAACUUCGGCAGCUGCUCAGCCUGCGACUCUCAUCCCCCAGUCACGCGCCGGGAAGGAUCUCCUAGAGGAAGGAUUUUCCCGCCGCCCUCCCUGCCCUGAGAUCCGGAACAUGGUGGCGGUGCUGGAAGUCAUCUCCAGCCUGGAGAAAUACCCCAUUACCAAAGAGGCACUUGAGGAAACACGACUUGGGAAGCUCAUCAACGACGUCCGCAAGAAAACCAAGAACGAGGAGCUCGCCAAGCGGGCCAAGAAGCUGCUGCGGAGCUGGCAGAAGCUCAUCGAGCCAGCACACCAGCAUGAGGCAGCGCUGCGGGGGCUGGCGGGGGCCACUGGCUCUGCCAACGGGGGUGCACACAACUGCCGGCCGGAGGUGGGGGCGGCUGGCCCGCCCAGGAGCAUCCAUGACCUGAAGAGCCGCAAUGACCUCCAGAGGCUGCCCGGGCAGCGGCUGGACAGGCUGGGCAGCCGCAAGCGCCGGGGUGACCAGCGUGACCUCGGCCACCCAGGGCCGCCACCUAAGGUCUCCAAAGCUAGCCACGACCCCCUGGUCCCCAACUCAUCCCCCCUCCCUACCAAUGGCAUCAGUGGGAGUCCAGAGAGCUUCCCCGGCUCCCUGGAUGGCAGUGGGCAUGCAGGCCCAGAGGGCGGCCGCCUGGAGCGUGGCGAGAAUGACAAGCACAGUGGCAAGAUCCCCAUCAACGCUGUGCGGCCGCACACCAGCUCCCCGGGCCUGGGCAAGCCCCCUGGACCCUGCUUGCAGCCAAAGGCUUCGGUGCUGCAGCAGUUGGACAGGGUGGAUGAGACUCCGGGGCCUCCCCACCCCAAGGGGCCCCCUCGCUGCUCUUUCAGUCCUCGGAACUCACGGCAUGAGGGCUCCUUUGCCCGGCAGCAGAGCUUGUAUGCACCCAAGGGCUCCGUGCCCAGCCCCUCACCGCGGCCCCAGGCGCUCGAUGCCACACAGGUGCCGUCACCGCUUCCACUGGCACAGCCGUCCACACCCCCUGUACGGCGGCUUGAGCUGCUGCCCAGUGCGGAAAGCCCAGUGCGCUGGCUUGAGCAGCCGGAAAGCCACCAGCGGCUGGCGGGGCCAGGCUGCAAGGCAGGGCUGUCCCCAGCCGAGCCCCUCCUGUCCCGGGCGGGCUUCUCCCCAGACUCCUCCAAGGCGGACAGUGACGCUGCCUCCUCAGGGGGCUCGGACAGUAAAAAGAAGAAGAGGUACCGGCCUCGAGAUUACACGGUUAACUUGGACGGGCAGGUGGCUGAGGCGGGCGUCAAGCCUGUCCGGUUAAAAGAGCGGAAGCUCACCUUUGACCCCAUGACAAGACAGAUCAAACCUCUGACCCAGAAAGAGCCAGUGCGGGCAGACAGCCCUGUGCACAUGGAGCAGCAGUCCAGGACAGAGCUGGACAAGCAGGAGGCCAAGGCCAGCCUCCAGAGCCCCUUUGAACAGACGAACUGGAAGGAGCUGUCACGCAACGAGAUCAUCCAGUCCUACCUGAGCCGGCAGAGCAGCCUGCUCUCAUCGUCGGGCGCGCAGACCCCGGGGGCUCACCACUUCAUGUCUGAGUACCUGAAGCAGGAGGAGAGCACCCGGCAAGGGGCCAGGCAGCUGCACGUGCUGGUGCCUCAAAGCCCGCCCACAGACCUCCCCGGGCUGACCCGGGAUAUCACACAGGACGAUCUCGACAGAAUCCAGGCCAGCCAGUGGCCGGGGGUGAACGGGUGUCAGGACACACAGGGUAACUGGUAUGACUGGACGCAGUGCAUAUCGCUUGAUCCGCACGGCGAUGACGGGCGCUUGAACAUUCUGCCUUAUGUCUGUUUGGACUGACCGGCCCGUCAGCCACGAAGUGCAUUCCCAUCUUGCAGAAGCCGGGCGGGCGGGCAGGCAGGUGGGCGGGUGGCCGGGGCCCAGCUGCCUCCUGCGCUGGGAACUCGGGGAGUCCGGCGGACAGCGGGUGAGGAUGAGCA